AUCGGAUUAUUCUGUAGAAAACUCUCCUUAAACUUUCGCUGGAAAUGUAAACUAAUCACAGCGCAUGUGUUGUGAUCAGGAAAAAGCGAGGGUAAGCGACAAAACCUUCGGGUCUUACCCGAUGUAAAACCUCGUCGCUUCAUCCUCUUCGGGUUACUGUAAAUCAAAUACUAUGUCCAGUACGGAAACUGCCGACGAAAUUGACACUAAUGAUUUCACUUUGGGUCCCCCUAAUAAAAGAAUUAAAAAGACGCACCUAUCCGUCGAGGAAAAACAGUUGAUUCUGAACAUAUAUAAGAGUUUGAUUCAAGAGAAUUCGACCAUGUUAAUAACAGAUAUCGUUCAGAAAGCUGCAACCAUUGCAGGGGUGUGUAAGUCUACCGUGUAUAGGGUUCUUCGAGAAUACAAACGAACACGCACGUUAUCGAUUCCCAAAGAGAAAAGAACUUAUGAUAGGACUAUCGAUACGAUAGACGAUUUAGACAAAAACGCGAUCCGGCGGAAGGUGCACGAGUUCUAUCUGAAAAACGAAAUUCCUACUGCCGACAAAGUACUGAAAGUUGUGAAUGAUGACAACGAUGUGCCUAACGUUAAUAGAACGAUUUUGUAUAAAUUAUUGAAAAUAUUGAAUUUUCAACACGCUCGUAGAGGGCGAAGUAGCAUGUUGUUCGACAGAGAGGAAAUUGUAGUGUGGAGGAGAGAGUACCUGAGAAAAAUAAAAACCUAUAGGAACGACGGACGAAAGAUAUAUUAUUUGGACGAAACUUGGAUAAACGCUGACCGUACAAGGCAACAUGUUGUGAAAGUUGAGACCAUUAGUCCCUCGAUGCAAGCUACUUCAUCGGGACUAUACACAGGCGUGAAAAAUUCCUCUAGCACGGGAAAACGACUUAUCGUUUGUCAUAUCGGUAGCAGAGACGGUUUUGUGCCUGGGGGGAUGUGGGCUUUCGAGUCGAAAAUGUCUGGUGAUUUCCAGGAAGAAAUAACCCAUGACUCUUUUGAAAACUGGUUUUUAAAGAUUCUGCCAAAAUUAGAAAAACAUUCCGUAAUCGUCUUGGAUGACGCUCACUACCAUUGCAGAAAGGUUGAAAAAAUCCCAACCACUGCUACUAAAAUAGAAACUAUUAAAAGCUGGCUAGUAUCGAAGAAUAUUCAAUUUGACGAGAAUUUAUUGAAAGCCGAGUUGCUCGCGAUAGUGAAUACAUUAAGAAGUAAAUACGAUGCCUAUGUCAUAGACGAAAUGGCAAGAAGAAGCGGUAAAACUGUGCUUCGACUGCCGCCUUAUCACUGCGAGUUAAAUCCGAUCGAAUUGAUUUGGACGGAAAUUAAAAGUUACGUAGCAUCGUAUAGUAACACCGCUAAAUUUAACGAUAUUCAACAUUUGGUCGUGGAGGCAGCGAAUUCGAUAAGUUCGAAAAAGUGGAAACAUGCUGUCCAACAUGUCGAAGAAAAAGUAGAGACAAUGAUGUGGGAACUAGACAAUAUUAUUGAAAACAAUACAGAACCUAUUAUCAUUAACAUAAACGAGGACAGCUCGUCGUCAGAUUAUUCAGAUUAAUCUGUUUCAUUUCAACAAUAUUUUGCUCAAGUAUUGUUGUUUUGUAUAUUGUCGAUUUUGUAAAUAUAUUUUUAUUUUUAAUAGUUAAUGCGAAAAUUGUAAAUAUUCUUAUCAAUGAAUAACGUGUAAAAUUGUGAAAUAAUAUAUAUUGCUACACAGA